GCCAUUCCGCUCCUAAACAUGAGCAAGGAGGAAUUGCCAGAAGGUGUUUCUCACUCGAGCUUGCCCUGAGAUCAUCUUGCCAAUGCUUCUUUGCAUUGCCCUCAGAGACGGACGCCCAUGCUGAUCUUCUCCACAGGAUGCCCCCGCUUCGUUAAGGUGUCGGUCGCAUUGCAACUGUUGACAUCACUACUCAGCAUCGCUUCGAAGACACUUGCCUGUCCCGCAACUGGAUACUGCACCAUGGAGGCCGCUCCUGAAAGCAGGCACGUGGUCAUUGUUGGGGGGGGGCUGGCAGGGCUUACCGCCGCACUCGAGGUCGUCAAGAACAAGGGGCGUGUCACGAUCAUAGAAAAGUGUGCCAAGUUGGGGGGGAACUCUGCUAAAGCUAGCUCAGGCAUCAAUGGUGCCGAGACUGCCCCCCAGAAUGCGCUCGGCAUUCCAGACAGCACCGCCCUGUUCAAGGAGGAUACGCUGCGCUCGGGAAAGGGCCGCUGCGCAGCAGAGCUGGUCGACGUUCUGGUCAACAAGUCGGCGGGCGCAAUCGACGCCCUUCAGAGCCUGGGCAUCGACCUUAGCAACAUCGCACAAUGUGGCGGCCACUCUCGACCCCGCACCCACCGCGCGGCCGCCACCGCAAAAGCCACGAACAUCGGGGGGGUAAUCAUGCACACUCUCAUCGACCAUCUUCACUCCCUCCCCCCCUCCGCCGUCCAAGUCCUGACCAACACCCGGGCGCUCGAACUGCUCCAAGACUCCCGCACCGGGCGCGUGAAAGGCGUGCGGUGCAGGGUGGGGGACGGGUCGGGGGAGGGCGACCGGGCAGUGGAGGCAGACGCGGUGGUUCUGGCCACGGGGGGGUAUAGUGCGGAUCGGGAGGGGUUGCUACAGAAGCACGUUCCAGGGGUUUCCCGGCUCGCCACGACCAACGGCGCCUGGGCGACAGGGGACGGGGUUAAGCUCGGGUUAGCGAUCGGAGCCGGGUCAGUGGACCUGGACCAGGUGCAGUUGCAUCCCACGGGUUUAGUUGACCCGAAAGACCCCACUAACCCGACCAAGUUCCUGGCGCCCGAGGCGCUGCGCGCGAUCGGGGGCAUUCUGCUGAAUCAGAAGGGGGAGCGCUUCGUCGAUGAGCUGAGCACGCGGGAUGUGGUCGCGCAGGCAAUCUUGGAGCACUGUCAGCCGCUGCAACUAGAAGGCGCGACAAAACGAGCGGCGGAGGAGGCGACGCUCGCACCCGUUACCGCGUUUUUGGUGCUUAACGACGAGAGCGUCGAGCGGUUCGGGCGGUCGGUCGCGGAGUUCUACAUGAAGAUGGGCUUCAUGCAAAAGUUCGCCACGGAGGAAGAGCUGUGCGAUCAUUGGCGCCUCCCCGUGGCCCACGUGGCCCGGACGCUGGACGAGUACGGACGCGUCGAGCACGACGCGUUCGGAAAACCGUCGGCGCCCGUGCUCUUCCGCCUGGACCAGUCUUUAUACACGUGUCUAGUUACUCCGUCACUCCAUUACACGAUGGGCGGGCUGAAGAUCGACACCGGGGGGCGGGUGCUAACGCAAGCGGGUGACGUCAUUCCCGGGCUGUGGGCGGCCGGAGAGGUGACAGGUGGAGUCCAUGGCGCCAAUCGCUUAGCAGGCAAUUCGCUGCUGGAGUGCAUGGUAUUUGGAAAGCUGGUCGGAGAAGGGGCGUCAGAUCCAUCAGCAGAGCAGCAGCCCUCCCCCGUGCCGUCGAGUGAGCGUCAAACACAGUUUGCGUAACAGUAGUGUCCGUUUCGUUAGAAAACAGUUGAAGAGUUAUAAAGGUCUGGCUUCUCAUGACUAGAGUACUUCCAGGGACGUCAACACCCAUAACAGUUACCUGCCAUGGCAACGUCCGAAAUUGUCCAUUUAGCGAUCCGAACCACUACAAUAGACUGCACGUCCUCAUGGGCCAGACCAUGAUCCGACCUUGAGAGGUAGAAGAGUGUACAAACAGCCUGUACUCCGCGUCAGACGACGAGCUUGUUGAAUAUGCAAGCACACCUACAAUCGGAUUGUUUGUUG